AAUCUUGCACUUUUGAGCGUCUGUUGCCGCUGUUUAUCCGGCUUCAGGUUGCAUUUAGCCAUCGCCUCCCACUUUAAUGCUUUUCCGAUACUCUCUACUGGGUCAAAGUUGUUAUCUCUCCUUUGUCUCCGCGAGUCGGCUUCCAUCAUGUCGAUCAAGGCGAAAAAUCAAUUGUGAUAAUGGCCGGUGUCUGUCCCGCAUUGUUAACAUCAUAAUUCGGCGUUUAGUGGUCGCCUUAUUCCUCGCACGUACGGCGCUAUAAUAGAGCCCUAAGUAGAGCAUUAUUGAAAUGCUAAACACAGGAGUUGGGGGUUCGACCCGACCAUCUCCAGGGACACGAAAUGGAGCCGCUCUCACGCACAUAUUCAAAUAAGCCACACGUCUGCCAGGAUAUGGAUGUGUUUGCUGAUGUUCCCGGCAUGCAGACACGCCUCAGGAUUUAGGCAGCAAAAGCAAUGCAUCAUUUUUAACGGCGUUUAUCUGUUUGUAUCGACCUGUCGCCAUACAUCAGUCGUCCGCUCUGAAUUGAUUGUCUGCUAGUGAAAUACUAUUUGCCACUCAAUCAUACAGCAGGUUAGCCAAUUUAGCAGCUUUGUAAGGAGCGCUUUGAAACUGAGCCCCACAUCGGUGUCAAAUUAACCGCGUGAAAGGCCGCACAAAACGAUUUGUUCGGCGUUUUUAAGGCGCGAUCGAUGCAACCAUCGAUUGCAAAUAAAACAACUCGAAUACUUUACUCGUUUAUUAUCUAAACACAUUCAACAGUUCAACGAUGAUUCUCUCACUCCCAAACUUGUCCAGAAGUUGAAAGGGAUUCAAAGUUUGCCGGCAUUGUGUGCUAGUUCUUUCAGGAAUGUAAAGCGCGGGUUAAUGGCUUCGCGAUUGAUAUUUCAGUUUAUUUGCUGGGGAAAAAAGCUUAAAGACUAAUCCGGAGAUGGAAGGAAUGGGAAAAGUGAGCAACAACUGGAAACAGUUCAGGAAAAUAAGACACGUUUAUUGUCGCGAAAUUGAAACACAAGUAAACGUUUGUCAACGGUACAAAAGACUAUCGGGAACGUAAUUGAUAUUGCAGAAGACGUGAAUCUUUUAUGAGUUUUGUAUAUUUGCUCGCUGAGACGUAAAUAUUUGAGUUUUAUCCGGGACUAAAAGGCGCACAACUUCCAAAAAUGUACGCAGUAACGAAUUCCCUCGAAAUUAAAAAUACCUCCUCCUUGCCUAUCUAGCGCACAAAAAACUGCAAGGUGUGAGAAUGCACUCCCACUUAGAAAACUGACCAAUUGCAAGGCGCGUGAAAAGGCAGCAAAAAACUGGCGCUUCGUUAUUCGCCGAAUAACUGCUAAGUCGUCUGAAAUUUCCUAUGAAAAUCUCAAGUUUUUAAUUAAUUAUACUCCGGUUAAAAGAAUUGAAACAGAUGUCGUCUUUUCUAUUUUCGCUUCAUUGACUUACUGUUUUAAUUUUUUUUUUCAUACGUCUCUGUCGACAAAACUAGAAAACUUACGCUUCAAAUUGCUUCAAUUUGGUCACAUGAUCACCCAUUUAAUUGCGGAUUAUAUUAAUGUCGCUUCUAUAAACCGGUCCUUAAACUAUUAAAAACUAUUCGUUUCAUUGUCUCUUUUUACAACUUUAAUUAACAAUUGAUCGGAGCUAUUAUUGAUAAUUUUUCAAUUAAUCUCUUAUCAGCGUCCAAAUUCAAUUUCCGUUCAAAAAUUUUAUAAAUCUCCUCUCGCAUCAACCGAAAGCUAAUGACUCCAUCAUGUUGGUUCGUUUCGCAUCAAAUUUGCUCUUACUUCUGCCGGGUCUGACAUGCCUCAGCUACAUCCCGCCCUACAUACAAAACACUGCCCUUCAAAUCCAACUACCGGAAGGUGUAAUCCAAGGUCAAGCCCGCCAUACUAACGGCCUAAGCAUGCCUUAUCAUUCUUACGAAGGCAUUCCUUAUGCAAAACCACCUGUUGGCGAGCUUCGCUUCAAACCUCCUCAAGCGCCCGAUAAGUGGAACGGGGUGCUGGAUGCCAACGGCAAAGUGCCUCACUGUGUCCAGAUUCCUCCGGUGGAUGAAAACGAAUCCGAGGAUUGCCUCUAUUUGAACGUUUACGUGCCGAAGCCGGAGCCGGAAAACACCGGACCCAAACCUGUCAUGGUGUGGAUUUAUGGGGGCGCUUUCACGUUCGGAUGGGCCAACGGUAGUUUCUACGGCCCGGAUUUUCUCCUUGAACAGGACGUCAUUGUCGUGCAUUUCAAUUACAGACUCAACGUUUUCGGGUUUUUGAGUACCGGUGAUUUGGCAUCGCCUGGCAAUUAUGGUCUUAAAGACCAACUGGCGGCCUUGAAAUGGGUCAAAACACACAUCGCCCUCUUCGAAGGCAACCCCGAAAACAUCACACUUUUCGGCCAAAGCGCUGGAGCUGCCUCAGUCCAGUACCAUCUAAUUUCGCCAAAGAGCCGGGGUUUGUUCCAACGAGCAAUCUCCCAAAGUGGCAGUACCAUCUGUCCAUGGGCCCUCCAAACCCAUCCAGCCAAAAUCGCAUGGAAAAUCGGCCUAGCAGCUGGGUUUUUUCGUUUUGGUACCACCUUUGAUCUUGUAGCCUAUUUGAGGAGUUUGAGUGCAUAUAGACUCAAAAUCGCGGCCAUGAUAGGCCCAAGGUUCACCCUCAAAAUGGAGGAGGCGUUGACUUUUUCGCCGGUUUUUGAGCCGGAACAUGAUGAUGCGUUUCUGACAAAGAGUACAUUGGAGGCCCUCAAAAAAGGGGAUUUUGAACGGGUUCCCUACAUUGUCGGGUUCAAUUCGCGCGAGUUUGGAAUUCCUCAAAAGGAAAUAGGGGUGACCAAGGUUAUCCUCAAUCUCUUGCCCAGCAAAAAGUUUAUCCCACAGGAUUUGAAUAACCGGGCGAGAAUGGCAGGUUACGCAGUUAAAGCGUUUUAUUUUGGCUUUCAGUCACAAAUACGAACCAAGCAGUACCUCAAUUUCUAUAGUGAUAACGCCUUCUAUCGCCCCAUAAUCCAAAGUGCAAGGCUCUAUUCCAAGUAUGCCCCUCUCUACAUGUACGAAUUUUCCUACCAAGGGUAUCUCCUUGGGAAGAAAGCGUUGCUAAUGAGCAAAGAUAGAGAAGUCAACGGUACAACAAUCAGCCAAACGGCAAUUUUUGACAAAAACUUGUAGGUGUGAUACAUUCGGAGGAGCUUUGGUACAUUUUCAGUCGAAGAGACUUGGAACAAGCCAAUGAACACGACCAGUUGAUAAGGCAACGAAUGGUCAAACUAUGGACGAAUUUUGCCAA